CCUCUGAAGCCAAGGAAAACUCUAGCCCUUCAUCGCCGCCGCCGUCCCCAGGUCCUCAGCGCCACCGCUGCUUCCUCUCCCCCGUGUCGUUUUCAUCUUCGCUGGCACGUCGUUUUCAUCUUCCUCUUCCCCAGGUAGCUCGGCACGUCGUUUUCAUCUUCGCUGGCUUCUCGGCACGGAACCCAGAAACCUUUAACUGCCGCGAGAGGAGAGAGCUCCCAUUGUGAGCAACCAUGGCACCAAACAAAAGGAAGAAGAACAAGAACAAGAAGGGUCGAUACGGCGUCGCAGAGAUAAAAACCCUAGGCAAUGAUCUUCUCUCUUCAGCUUCAAACAUCAACAACCUUCCUCUUCUCCUCAAUUUUGUUAACCCUUCUUCCCCACCACACCAUCUCCUUGAAUCCCUUCUCUCUCUCCACUCCUUCUUCCUCCCUCUCCUCCCCACUCUCCCUUCCUCCUCCUCACGUGCCGCCGACGCAAAAGGAUUUGAGCACCAGUCACACUUCAUCUACAAUGCCUGGCUAAGGUCAAAGUUCGAUGAGCUCGUCAAGUCUUUCCUGGAGGUUCUUGUUUCGCCGCGGCAACAGCAAGAGGAGCAGGAGGCUGUCAAGGAGGUCGUGCUUGACACGCUAAUGGAGUUUGUUAAGGUUGCUAAUGGCGGCAGGUUCCAUUCUGCUAUAUACCAUAGGUUCCUCCAUAGCAUUGUCCAUUCUGAGAGUUCGGUUGAAUUUUUGGUGGAUUUACUAACAGCGAAGUAUUUCAAGUAUAUUGAUGUGUGUUAUUUUACACUCAUUAGCCUGAAAAAGCUGGCAACAACUUUGGAGGGAAAAGAUCAAUCAGAGGAUAAAAGUGAAAAUGCAGAUGUUGCGGAUGCAAGUCAGUUGAGUUCAAGUACGGAGCGUGUCAUCCACAAUAUCUAUUACACCAUAUCACGUGUCCCUCCUUUUGAAAACUCAGAUAAUACAUCUGAUCUUGAAAUGUGGAGCAGAUCAGAAAAUGAACAUAAGCAGCCUUGUGGAGAUGUGAAUGCAGAUGAUAAGCAGGUGAAGCCUGGAAAGCAUGACAAUAGUGUACUCUCUGCAGCCAAAAUUGCUAAGAAAAUGAAGUUAAAAUUUACCCAAGCAUGGCUUUCAUUUCUCAGAUUGCCACUUCCACUUGAUGUGUACAAGGAGGUUCUUGUUAAUCUCCACCAAGUCGUUAUUCCACAUCUUUCAAAUCCUGUCAUGUUGUGUGAUUUCUUAACAAGAUCAUAUGACAUUGGUGGCGUUGUCAGUGUGAUGGCUCUUAGCAGCCUGUUUAUACUCAUGACCCAGUAUGGAUUGGAAUACCCAAAUUUCUACGAAAAACUCUAUGUUCUCUUAGUUCCAUCUAUCUUCAUGGCGAAACAUCGAUCUAUAUCUUCUUAUGCUGAAAUCAUAGACUUUUGGCCUCAUUUUGAUUCAGGUGCAGUUUGUAAUUCUCUCAUUGAAUUUCUUAUGCAUGAGCAGGAAGAUCAAGUUGAUGAAGGAAAAGGGGAUAAGGCAACAGAUGAAGCAACUGCUGCAAACUCGGACGAUGCAAAGGUCAGUGCCAGCCAAAAGUUACGCAUUGACCAUUUCAACUACGGAGAACCUAACCCUAAGAAGUCAAAUGCUAUGAGAAGUUCUCUUUGGGAAGUUGAUACUAUUCUUCAGCACUACUGUCCUCCUGUCUCACGGUUUGCUUUGUCUCUUGAGAAUGAUUUGACAGUCAGGGCCAAAACAAGUGAGGUUAACGUUGGUGAUUUUAGUUCUGGUUCAUAUGCAACAAUAAUUGGAGCAGAGAUGUCGCGGAGGGUAAAGCAGGUUCCUCUUGCAUUCUACAAAUCAACUCCUUCCACUUUGUUUUCAGACGCCGAUUUUGCUGGUUGGACUUUUGAUUUCAAAGACACCUCUGAAAUAAUGCACGGUAGCGAUGAGAAUGCUGAUAAAGAUGAUCAAAACUCUGGGAAACGGCAACGAGUAGUGUGACCAGGAUUCAUGUUUAUCAACCACCAAGAGUGUCUACUGCUUGUGUUCUGUGAAGAUGUGCUACCAUACCUUCCUAUAUUUUGUUAAGCAAAGGAGGAAAAAUGGACCCUUAAGGAGUUUGGAGGGAGUGUUACAUGCUCAUUCAUACUAACCAAAAAAGCGUGACUAAAUAUGUGAUACUCAUCUCCAUUAAUUUUUGUAGCUUAAGGUUGGGGGAUUUGCUUAGCAUGUUCUUUAUAUAUUUUUAGUAAAUUGAAAUUCAGUGUGAAAAUUUUCAUGUAUCUACAAAGCAGCAUAAGCACCAUCAGUUUAGCAAUUAGCAUUGUUUCUGUUUUUAUGUAUUUGCCUUGGUUUUACAUUGUUCGGAUCAAGUUGAAUCACUCGGAAUCGUAAACAUUAAGGGUUGCAGCUAAUUAAUUUUAGUUGCAUAAUAGAAACAAAUCCCAUAAUGUUUCGCUCAA